AUCAUGGCCUCGGAUGGCUGUAGACAACAGACAGAUAGACACGUACGUAGAUAGAUGAUCUCUAUAUCGAUCUACUACUAGAGGCGGCAGAACAAAAACCAGAAACGAAAACGCACCCUGGCGAGCGAGUUCGGCGGGCGAGAUUUGGGGCCGCGGAUAAAUACGGUUCGCGCCGCGGCUUCCCGUCCCGAUCCAUCCAUCCAUCCCUCCCGCGCCGGCGCCUCUCCGCGAUCGCCUCUUCCCGCCGCUGUCAGCUGCACCGGGGGAAACCGUGCAAGUGCGAGAGCGUCGGCAGAGCUGAGCGCCGCAGUCCAUGUCCGCGCCGCCGCCGGGGGAUUCUCUGUCGCCUCCGUCUGAUACCCCUCCCGACGCGUCCCCGCCUCCGCCUCAACCUACGCCACCAACUGACCCGCCUCCGCCUGACACUACUCCCCCGCCGCCACCGUCCACUCCGCCGCCUGCACCGUUGCCAAGUUCACCCCCACCGUUGCCGCCGCCGCCGCCCAGUGCUCCUCCUCCGUCGCCGCCUGUCGCGCCCGUGAUCCCGCCUCCACCGCCUGCGCCAUCUCCUCCACCCCCGGAGACGCCAGCUUCGCCUCCUCCGCUGCCGCCGGUGAUGCCGCCUGCUGACUCGCCACCAGAGACACCGGUGACUCCAGUUGAUCCACCGCCGUCUUCUCCUCCGCCUGUGACGCCAGUUGAUCCGCCGCCAUCUUCUCCUCCGCCGGUGACACCGGUUGACCCGCCACCAGCUUCUCCUCCACCACAGCCGCCUGCUGACCCGCCGCCGGUGACACCAGCAGCCCCGCCACCAUCAACUCCUCCACCAGAGCCGCCAGCUGACCCGCCACCGGUGACACCAGCAGCCCCUCCACCAUCAACUUCUCCACCAGAGCCGCCAGCUGACCCGCCGCCGGUGGCACCAACCGCUCCGCCACCAUCUUCAACUCCACCAGAGUCGCCGGUGACGCCAGCUGCACCGCCGCCGUCUUCUCCUCUACCGGUGACUCCAGCAGCUCCCCCACCAUCUUCUCCUCUCCCGCCACCCGUGACGCCAGCUGCUCCGCCGGCAUCAUCUCCUCCCCCGCAACCACCGGUGACGCCAGCAGCUCCACCGGCAUCGUCCCCUCCCCCGCAGCCACCCAACACGCCCGCUGCUCCGCCGGCAUCGUCCACUCCCCCGCAGCCACCGGUGACGCCUGCUGCCCCGCCAGAAUCUUCUCCUCCUCAGCCGCCUGCGGCGUCUCCUCCACCGGUGGUGCCGCCAGUGACACCUGCGCCACCAACUCCAUCUGCGUCGCCUCCCGUGACACCUGUGCCAGCGACGCCAUCUCCACCUUCCCCGGUUGCGCCUGCACCAUCAACGCCUUCACCGUCCCCUCCGGUGACGCCAGCUCCGUCCCCACCUUCUCCCGCGAACCCAGCACCAGGAUCCCCGCCUUCACCAGCGAUGCCAACACCAACAACGCCAUCGACACCUCCUCCGGUAAACCCGGCACCACCAGCGCCACCAAUGCCAUCGCCAUCUCCGGUGAACCCGGUACCGCCAACAUUACCCCCACCGUCUCCAGCGGGCCCCGCACCAUCAGCGCCACCGCCGUCUUCCCCGGUGAACCCGGCACCACCAACGUUGUCUCCGCCGUCUCCAGCUCUGCCUAUUCCAGUGAACCCUGCACCACCGACGCCGUCUCCAGCGCAGCCGGCGCCACCAACAUCGCCUCCGACAUCACCAGUGAACCCAGCGCCACCGGCGUCGUCUCCUCCUGCUCCGGUGAACCCUGCACCGCCAACAGUGUCACCGCCAUCUCCCGUGGCGCCGGCACCACCAAUGCCUUCGCCGUCCGCUCCAGUCAACCCGGCACCACCAACGUCUCCAACCAACCCGUCACCGCCAACACCAUCUCCGGUGAACCCGGCACCACCAACUACGGCCACACCUUCACCUGGCACGCCAACGACACCACCGUCGCCUCUUCCGCCGCCUGCAACAAGGCCGUCUCCGCCCAUGGCACCGCCCGCUCCAGCUUCGAGCAAACUGCCAACCCCUGCUCCUCCUAGCGUAGCACCGUCGCCCCCAAGCGGCACGCCGGGAGCACCGCCUUCACUGGAUCCACAGCCGGGUUUACCCCCAUCACCGGCGCCACUGUCUUCGCCACCGCAUUCAUCACACACAUCCAAAGCAGUGAUCGGCAUCUCCGUGGCUGCCUCGGCGGUGUUCGUGAUCGCCCUUGUGGCCGGGCUGUUCUACUGCUUCCGGACGCGACGCCGCCAACGCCGCGGCCGCCGUCCCCAGUCCAGCUCGUCAGGCGAUCCCUACGACAAGCGGCUGCCGGUGACGUCGUCGCAGGCAUCACGCUCGUCCUUCUCGGCGCCGCUGUCGCUGUCAACCAUACCGCCAAUGUACGCGCCACCACCAGCGCCACACGCAGCGGUCCGCCCGUGGCAGAGCGGCGGCGGCGCCACGGCCUCCGACCAGCCUCCCCCGCACGCGGCGGUCACGGGCGGCACGGUGUCGUACGCGGACCUGGCGGCGGCGACGGACGGGUUCUCGGACGCCAAGCUGCUGGGGCAGGGCGGGUUCGGGCACGUGUACCGCGGCACGCUGGGCGCGGGCGCGGCGGCGCGGGAGGUGGCCAUCAAGCGGCUCCGGGCCGGCAGCGGGCAGGGCGAGCGCGAGUUCCGCGCCGAGGUGGAGAGCAUCGGCCGCGUGCACCACCGCAACCUCGUCUCGCUGCUGGGGUACUGCAUCCAUGGCGACCAGCGGCUGCUCGUCUACGAGCACGUCCCCAACCACACGCUCGAGUCCCACCUGCACCACGCCGGCGACGGACCGACGCUGCUGGACUGGGAGCGCCGGUGGCGGAUCGCGCUCGGGGCGGCCAAGGGCCUGGCAUACCUGCACGAGGACUGUCAUCCUAAGAUCAUCCAUCGCGACAUCAAGGCGACCAACAUCCUUCUCGAUGACAACUUUGAGCCCAAGGUCGCCGACUUUGGGCUGGCCAAGAUCCAGCACGGAGACGAUAGCCAUGUUUCUACGCGGGUGAUGGGGACUUUCGGGUACAUGGCGCCGGAGUACACCAACACCGGGAAAAUAACCGACCGGUCCGACGUCUUCUCCUUCGGCGUCGUGCUUCUGGAGAUCAUCACCGGCAAGAGACCGGUCCUGUCCGACGAGCCCGACGAAGACGACGAGACUCUGGUCUCUUGGGCACGGCCUCUGCUGACGAAAGCUCUGGACGGGGAGCUCUCCGUGGAGCUCAUCGACCCAAGGCUGGAGGCCAACUACGACGCCCACGAGAUGCAGCGGCUCAUCGCCUGCGCCGCCGCCGCCGUGCGCCACACGGCCCGCUCCCGCCCACGAGUGAGCCAGAUCGUCCGGUACCUGGAGGGCGAGCUGCCGCUGGAGGCCCUCAACGGCGGCGUGGAGCCGGGGCAGAGCGAGGCGCACGACGCCACCACCACGGAGCAGCUGCGGCGGAUGAGGAGGAUGGCGUUCCUGCAGCGGGGCGCCGACAGCGACAACACGGGCGCCACCGGCUUCGUCAGCGAGGCCACCAGCGAGUACGGGCUGUGCGCGUCCAGCUCCAGCAGCGACGGCGACGCCGCGCAGAGCACGAGCCGCGCGCCCGACGGGCAGCACCCCGGCGUGGCGAGCCAUGCCGCCGGCCACAACGUGGGCAGGGCGGGGCGGCACUCCGGCGAGCUCGGCGCCAUGAGCCGGCGCACGCGCCCGGGCCGCGCCGGCCUGGAGUGACGUGACCGUCAUUGUUGCGACCAAGUUUUUUGGAACUGGGAGUUAGGCUAGUAAAAUACUGCUACGUAUUGCCUUUGGAUCUUAGUUUUCUUUUGGGGCCCCCUCAUUGGAGGGGAGAGAGAUAUACUUGUAAAAUACGAAGUGUUAGAACUUCUUUAGUGUUUGCCAUUUCUUAGGAAUUUUGCUCAAGUGCAAAUCUGAGAAAAAACAAAACAGUUGUGAUGUUAGAGCAUCUAGAUGCAAAAGUAACUAACUUUUGUAUCUCCGAGGCCCCAAACCCCUCUCGAACAGAUGAUGUAGAUGUAAAAAAAAAUUACAUC